AGGAUGGGGAGCCGAGAGGACGCGCGCCGCAGCCCUCCGUAGGUUCUCCCAUGACUCCUGCAGCUCGGCGUCUCCAAACACGGAGUGGGACUGACACAGGCUGCCCGGAGCGACCGCCGCCAUGGUGCACCACUCGGGCUCCAUCCAGUCCUUCAAGCAGCAGAAAGGCAUGCACACCAGCAUCAGCGAGAUCCUGAAGGAGAAGAGCCUGAAGCCGUCUCGCCGCAGCCUGCCUUGUCUGGCACAAAGCCAGACACAUCCAAUCAACCUCAACCACUUCCUGUCUGUGGGGGUGGAUGUGGGAGUGGGAGGUGUCCGUUUCUCUGCAGAAGAUGUGAAGGAUAACUAUGUCGAGGAGACUGAAGUGAGCACGUAUGAGACGAGAGCAGACCCGUCCUUUCUGCUGAAAAAACCUGUCAGCCGGGUUAAAUUAGGCACACGCGAGAAGAAUCGAUCUGACUCGUCUGGACUAUUUUUCCGAGAUGGAAAGAAGAGAAUUGAUUACAUCUUGGUUUACAAGAAGUCCAGCCCGCAGGUGGAGAAGAGGUGCACAUUCGAGAAGAAUUUACGAGCCGAGGGACUCAUGCUGGAGAAGGAGUGCGUUCAAGGCUUCAGAUUUCAUCUAAAAUGUCAACAGAUCAAGAGCUGGCUGCCCAAAAAUCCCAUGAAGCUGGACAAAGAGGCCUUGCCUGACCUGGAGGAAACCGACUGCUACACAGCUCCCUUCAGCAGAGCUCGCAUGCAUCACUUCACCAUCAACAAUAGAGAGACGUUCUUCUCAAAUUCCACCAGAAGCAGGAUAGUCCAUCACGUCCUGCAGCGCACCAAGUACGAAGACGGAAAAUCAAAGAUGGGCAUCAAUCGCUUACUGGGCAACAACACAUACGAGGCUGCAUUUCCUCCACAUGAGGGUGGUUACAAGAGCAGACAUCCAAUUAAGACACACGGAGCUCAGAACCACAGACAUCUUCUGUACGAGCGCUGGGCCCGCUGGGGGAUCUGGUACAAGUAUCAGCCUCUGGACCUCAUCAGGCGCUACUUUGGAGAGAAGAUUGGUCUUUAUUUUGCGUGGUUGGGCUGGUACACUGGAAUGUUAAUUCCUGCAGCUCUGGUGGGUGUUUUCGUCUUCCUGUAUGGACUCUUCACCAUGGACUCAAGCCAAGUCAGCAAAGAGAUUUGUGAAGCCAACACCACCAUUAUGUGUCCGAUGUGUGAGGAAACCUGUGAACCAUGGACGCUGAGUGAUAGUUGUGUUUAUGCAAAGGUGACACAUCUGUUUGACAACGGCGGCACGGUGUUCUUUGCUAUCUUCAUGGCUAUUUGGGCAACGGUGUUCCUGGAGUUCUGGAAAAGGAGACGAGCAGAAUUGACUUACGACUGGGAUCUUAUUGACUGGGAGGAGGAGGAGGAGGAGCUAAGGCCUCAGUUUGAAGCCAAAUACUCCCGGGUGGAGAGAGUUAACCCCAUCUCUGGCAAGCCCGAGCCCUUCCAGCCCUUCUCGGACAAACUCAGCCGGCUCAUGGUGUCUGUGUCAGGAAUAUUCUUCAUGAUCUCCCUCGUCCUCACGGCUGUGUUUGCUGUGGUGGUUUUCCGUCUUAUCGCCAUGGAGAAGUUUGCCUCCUUCAAUUGGCAUUUUGUUAAGAAGAACUGGCAGUUUGCCACGUCUGGCACUGGUGUCUGCAUCAACUUUAUGAUCAUCAUGUCUCUGAACGUGGUCUAUGAGAAAGUGGCCUACCUGUUGACUAAUUUAGAGCACCCACGCACAGAGUCUGAGUGGGAGAACAGUUUCGCUCUGAAAAUGUUUCUCUUCCAGUUUGUGAAUUUAAACAGCUCCACUUUUUACAUCGCCUUUUUUCUCGGAAGGUUUGCUGGCAGGCCUGGAAAAUACAAUAAACUUUUUAAUCGAUGGAGACUGGAGGAGUGUCACCCCAGCGGCUGUUUGAUUGAUCUGUGCUUGCAAAUGGGAGUCAUCAUGUUCUUCAAACAAAUCUGGAAUAAUUUCAUGGAACUUGGUUAUCCCUUGCUGCAGAACUGGUGGUCUCGUCGAAAGAUGAAGCAAGGAGGAGGUGGAGGGCCAAACGUGGAGAACAAAACCCAGCUUCCACAGUGGGACAAAGACUGGAACCUGCAGCCGAUGAACGCCCACGGGCUGGUGGACGAAUACCUCGAGAUGGUUCUCCAGUUUGGCUUCACCACCAUCUUUGUAGCAGCUUUCCCUCUGGCUCCUCUCCUCGCUCUGCUCAACAACAUCAUCGAGAUUCGUCUGGACGCCUACAAGUUUGUCACUCAGUGGAGGAGACCCAUGCCAGCGCGAGCGACAGAUAUAGGUAUCUGGCACGGGAUUCUCGAAGGUAUUGGUGUUCUGGCAGUCAUCACCAACGCCUUUGUCAUUGCGAUAACCUCAGAUUACAUCCCCCGCUUUGUUUACGCCUUCAAAUACGGGCCCUGUCGAGAUAACAUGUCCCUCAGGUGCCUGCAGGGCUACAUGAACAGCAGCCUGUCUGUGUUUGAUAUGUGGGAGCUGAAGAACAGCAGCUGGUCCAGAUACUGCAGGUACAGAGACUACAGAGCGCCACCAUGGAGCUCGGUGCCCUACGAAUUCACCCUGCAGUUCUGGCACGUCCUGGCUGCCCGGCUCGCGUUCAUCAUCGUCUUUGAGCACCUGGUGUUUGGGAUCAAGUCCUUCAUAGCGUACCUGAUUCCUGACAUGCCGAAGGAUCUCUGCGACCGCAUGAGGAGGGAAAAGUACCUGAUGCAGGAAAUGAUGUACGAAGCAGAACUGGAGCAUCUCCAGAAAGAGAGAAAGAAGAACGGGAAGCGUUGUCACCACGAGUGGCCUUAGCUUUAUCUCCACGUGUCCCCAGCACAUCACUCAGCUCACAGCUCACAGCC